AUGGACUUCAUAAGGGACCUUUUUGCACCGUCUAUCUGUUGCUCUUUGCGCUGCGGUGAGUGCGCCGCCACCCACUGCUCAGUCAAGGCGUACCAGUUUCUCACGGCCAUUUUCAACCCUCAUUAUUUCCGUCGUUUUUUGCCGUGUCGUCUGCGUCCACGUUGCACGGAUUUACUUACCGCGGUGACGCUGAUGCUGCCGAGGGACAUGUUUAUGCGAGCACACGCCUGCAAUGUGUUUGGUGGGCUUUUGUUUUUCUUCUUGAUUUUACGUUUAUCUUCUUACGUGAUGGGUGCCAUCUCGUUCAUCGGUUGUUCUCAUGUGUUUGAUGCACCACAUGAGCUGUGCCGCCGGACCGCAUUUCACUUUACCCUCCGCACACAGGCAUCACUGGCAGGAGCGCGAAGCCGUGUGGCUUAUGCAUCAAAUGCGUUUGUUUUACCUUUUUUGGGGGAGAGCGGGGAGGAUGGCCUCAGUGACUUGGCAUGCGGGGCAUGCGAGACGUACUCUGGACGUCACCGCCCGUGUGACUGUCUGCGAGCUUCUUCAACGGUGCAUGCAUUUGUGGGUGCGAUUUUAUUUUGUAUCGCCGUGUUGGUCCUCGCCCUGCACCUCACCGCUGUGCGUUUGCCCUCUGCUGCUGAAUCACUUGCGGCACCUAAAAGCUGGGGGACCCUGGAGGAGCUGUGGCCUCACAAGCACCCAUCCUCCUGCUUGGCGCUUUGCUUCGCCAUCUCUUUAUUUUCAUGCCAAACUCUUCUUGUGUGA